AUGUCUGAACUCAAGGAUUUUAUUGGCCAAAUGCCAAAAGCCAAACUCCAUAUGCACCUUGAAGGAGCUCUCGAACCAUCUUUAGUCCGCCUUAUUGCCACGCGCAACAACCUACCUGUACCUUCAUCCAUACAAGAGCAGGACUCUGGUUAUAGCUUCAAUGAUUUAAGCUCGUUUCUAGCACUUUACUAUCCUAAUAUGGCGGUAUUACAGACCACCCAAGACUUUCACGACUUAGCAUGGAGCUAUCUUACCAAGGCCCAUGAGCAGAAGAUUGUUCAUGCCGAAAUAUUCUUCGAUCCCCAAGCACACACCAGUCGCGGUGUUAAGUUUGCUACUGUGAUAUCUGGGUAUCAUUCCGCGACCAUUGAAGCACAGGAACAGUUCGGCAUGUCAGCAUCGUUGAUAAUGUGCUUUCUAAGGGACAUGGAUGCACAAUCUGCAAUGAACACCCUGACAGAAGCUUUGCCUUAUAAGGAUAAGAUCAUCGGCGUUGGUCUGGAUUCUGAUGAACGAGACAACCCUCCAAGCAAGUUCGCGACUGUUUUUGCCAGAGCGCGAGAAGAAGGGUUCCUCCUGACAAUGCACUGUGACAUUGACCAGAAGAACAGUAUUGAGCACAUCAGGCAGGUCAGUGAAGAGAUUGGUGUGGACCGCAUUGAUCAUGGAACAAACAUCGUGGAGAAUGCCCGACUGCUGAAUUUGGUAAUCGAGAGGGGUAUCGGACUGACUUGCUGUCCCAUUUCCAAUUCCGUCGUGACGGAGGACCUCAAAGGAGCGGAAAUCAAACGGCUUCUCCAUGAUGGUGUCAAGGUCACCAUAAACUCCGACGAUCCUGCCUACUUUCGCGGCUAUCUCAAUGAGAAUCUGGAAUUCAUCGGCGAGAAAUUGUCCUUAACAAGAACAGAUCUCGUGCAGUUACAGAGGAAUGCGUUUGAUAUUGCUUGGAUCUCCCAUGAUGACAAGUCCAAGUACAUUGCUAUGCUUGAAGAAUAUGCCGCGAGGCAUUGA